AUGUGUUCCUUGUGCGGGGUGCUGGGUGUUAGUAAUUACUUCAAUCUAGGACGGCUGCCGAACUUGCUAGCUGUAGCGAGACCAACUCGAGAAUCUGUGCCUGAUCCAAGGCAGGAAGUGAUUCAGGCAUGGUACAUGGAUGAUAGCAAUGAGGAUCAGAGGCUUCCCCAUCACAAAAAUCCACCUGAAUAUGUUUCCCUGGACAAACUGGCAGAGCUUGGAGUGCUCAGUUGGCGCUUGGAUGCUGACAACUAUGAAACUGACCAAGAGCUGAAGAAGAUUCGCGAAGAUCGUGGAUAUUCCUAUGUGGAUUUCUGUGAGGUUUGCCCCGAGAAGUUGCCAAACUAUGAGCAGAAAAUAAAGAAUUUCUUUGAGGAGCAUCUUCACACUGAUGAAGAGAUUCGCUAUUGUGUGGAUGGAAGUGGUUAUUUUGAUGUGAGGGAUCAGAAUGACAAGUGGAUCCGUGUGGCGGUGAAGAAAGGAGGAAUGAUUGUGUUACCUGCUGGUAUUUACCACCGUUUUACACUGGAUACUGACAACUACAUCAAGGCAAUGAGGCUAUUUGUUGGUGAUCCCAUUUGGACGCCAUUCAAUCGCCCACACGACGAGCUGCCAGCUAGGAAGGAAUAUCUGCAGGCCUUUGUGGAAGGCGGGGAUCAUGCUGUGGAUGCUACCGCCUAG